GUAACUAUUUCAGUUUCAUGAAGCCGGGCAAGAGAAACCUCCUUGGAAGAGAAUUUCAACUUGUGUACUAGUACUUGGUCAGGUGAUAAGAGGCUGACAACCCACAAAGCAAAUCUCAGCAAGCCAAAUUGGUCUGACAGGAGCCAAACUUUCUGAGGUUCAGAUAAACGUACGUGAUUGCUGCAAUGGCGCUUCUGUUCCAAUGUUCUUGCUCCGUAAGAGGUAGCGUCGGUGCGUUUCUGCUGAUUCUGGUCGCAUUCGUCAGUUCUGGACAUGCUCAAAAUGUCCGCGUUAUGCUUGACCAAGCCGACUUGAUUGGUGCAGGCACGCUCCGCGCAACGUGUGUCGAUAUGGAUGGCAACCCUAGUAAUCUGCCUAUUGACUGGUCUUUCGCCGAUGAUUCGGCGGUACUACCGGAGGGAACGAACUUCUCCAUCAGCGGCCAGAAUUCGGAAACGAUUGUCCUGCGCGUCGCCAGGGUAGUCAUGCCUGCUGAUAGCUUGGUUAACAUCCGUGCGGUUAUCCAUUUCAGGUGCGCAACGCAGGUGUCCACGAGCGACGACGCUACUGUGACGCUGUACAAUGAUCUGUGUCUGGAGGAGUACUUCUACUGCUUUCGCCGCUUCAACUAUGCCCUGGGCUCGGCGACAUGCACAAGCGGCCUGUCCACUGUUUCGGUCUCCGGCACACCCUUCAUUUCGGCCCAGUACAACUGCACGUGCCUGUCCGGCAAUGCUGGCGCUCCCUGCAGAAGCGUGCGCGACUGCGUCGCGAAUGCGGCCACCCCAAGAGAUAGGCUUCUUCAGUGCACAGAACUCUACCCAGAACGACUCACUGUGACGCCUUCCAGGGUGGAUGUCUUCACGGGCUCCAGCGUCACCUUCAACUGUACCAGCGUAUUGCCCAUCACAUCAGCAGGGGUGAAUUGGACUUUCCCUCCACAAUUGCCCAUGGACAGCUUGCGCUUCUCAGCGCAAGGAGGCAACACGCUCACCAUCGACCCUAUCACCGCGAACGUCAGUCCUGAUACCUUCGUUUCAACUACUUUUACUGUAACGUGCUCUGCGACCGUCCUUGGUGGCAUGCAACGGGCCAACGCCGUACUCGAUGUUCGUGACUUCUGCACACAGCCAGACGCGUGCCUGCAGUCAACUCUGUAUCCCCCCGGUAGUGCGGAGUGUGUGUCCUCACCCUUCACUGCUCCUCACUGCGAUUGCCUGGCUGGCGCUGCCGGUCAGGACUGCAGAGGGCUGGAGAACUGUGCGAGUGCGACAACUAAUUCAGCUGUUAGUACAUUUUUUGACUGUGCACGUGGCAUCGGCUGCACACUCAAUGAGGCAGGUCAGUACUUCGACUGCAAUUCUGGAAACGCCAUCCUACCAAGCCUCAGCAUGUUAGCAGUCCUGGCGCUAAGCACUUUGUUCAUGUAGUACGAGUGCACUCCAGUUGCUUAUCCUACAUGUACAUGUAUGUACCGCUGCCGCCGCGCAGGGGAUAACUCAUGCAGCGCACAUGUGCAUUUGUACAUGUACAUAUACAAUUUACAGGUUUAAAAAAAAUGGCAGUCAAUACAUUCUACAUGACUGUAAUGGCAUAAAAUAGUUGUAAAACUUAGAAGUAGAUACAAUACAUGUACAACGUACGUGCAUUCAAAACACUUGAGCCAUUAUGGUUUCAGGCAUUCAGAUAGUUAAGCCGUCGCGGGUUACUCUUUUCAUUUAAAUAAAUCAAUUUUGGCAUUAAUUUUGCUUAUUAAAAACAUUCGUUUGUACAUGUGCAACAUUGUUUUGAUUUUUGCCUUUGUUCUUCCUGAAACAGUCAAACUCAGGAAAUAGCACUAUCAUUAUCACUCAGGCUGCUAUAUUCAUAAUUAUAGACAUAUUCAUAAAUGACAUAUCUUCAAUACCCAUGAGCUACAUUGUAUAUUAUCAUCGUUUUAGCUCAUUUUUUCCCGUCAUAGCCCUGUUUAUCAUGUUCAGCAUAAGCGAAGUUGUGGAUCAUGCUUGCAUGGUUGACUCCAACGCGUACAUGCAAGUAAUAAUAAAUAAAUAAUCUUCCUUGGUCCAGUC